CGGCGGGCGCGCGGGCCGGCGGGCGCUGUGAGCCGAGCCGCCGUGAACUUGGGCGCCGCGUCCGCGGGGACCGGCCCGGGGAUGCUGGGCGCGGGCUCCCGCUGAGCCUGCCUCCGCCGCCUCCGGCUGCCGCGCGCGGGCCUGCCUGCCCCUCGCCCGGCCGUGGGUGAACCUGCGGGCUCCUCGCCCACCCCGAGGACUUCUUCCGAAAGGAAACCAGGGAGGGAGGGAGAGGGAGAGAACGCAGGGGAGCCGGUCGUGCACGGAGGCACAGUUCACUAUGAUCUUGCUCACAUUCAGCACUGGAAGACGGCUGGAUUUCGUGCAUCACUCGGGGGUGUUUUUCUUGCAAACCUUGCUUUGGAUUGUAUGUGCUGCCGUCUGCGGAGCGGAGCCGUAUUUCAAUGUGGAGGUUUGGUUACAAAAGUACGGCUACCUUCCACCAUCCGACCCCAGAAUGUCGGUGCUGCGCUCCGCGGAGACCAUGCAGUCCGCCUUAGCUGCCAUGCAGCAGUUCUACGGCAUUAACAUGACAGGAAAAGUGGACAGAAACACAAUCGACUGGAUGAAGAAACCUCGAUGCGGGGUGCCUGACCAGACGAGAGGCAACUCCAAGUUUAACGUUCGUCGAAAGCGGUAUGCGCUAACAGGACAGAAGUGGCAGCACAAACACAUCACCUACAGCAUAAAGAACGUAACUCCAAAAGUAGGAGACCCUGAAACCCGUAAAGCUAUUCGCCGUGCCUUUGAUGUGUGGCAGAAUGUAACUCCUCUGACAUUUGAAGAAGUUCCCUACAGUGAAUUAGAAAAUGGCAAACGUGAUGUGGAUAUAACCAUCAUUUUUGCAUCUGGUUUUCAUGGAGACAGUUCCCCCUUUGAUGGAGAGGGAGGGUUUCUGGCCCAUGCCUAUUUCCCUGGACCAGGAAUUGGGGGAGACACUCAUUUUGACUCAGAUGAGCCAUGGACACUAGGAAAUCCUAAUCAUGAUGGAAAUGACUUAUUUCUCGUAGCCGUUCACGAACUGGGACAUGCUCUGGGGUUGGAGCAUUCCAAUGACCCCACUGCCAUCAUGGCUCCCUUUUACCAGUACAUGGAAACUGACAACUUCAAGCUACCUAAUGAUGAUUUGCAGGGCAUCCAGAAGAUAUAUGGUCCACCUGACAAGAUCCCGCCACCAACGAGACCUCUGCCCACAGUGCCCCCACACCGCUCUGUUCCUCCGGCCGACCCCAGGAAGAAUGACAGGCCCAAACCCCCGAGGCCUCCCACUGGCAGACCUUCCUAUCCUGGAGCCAAACCCAACAUCUGCGACGGGAACUUUAACACUCUCGCUAUUCUUCGCCGGGAGAUGUUUGUUUUCAAGGACCAGUGGUUCUGGCGUGUCAGGAACAACAAGGUGAUGGAUGGAUACCCCAUGCAAAUUACCUACUUCUGGCGGGGCUUGCCUCCUAGCAUCGACGCGGUUUAUGAAAACAGUGACGGGAAUUUCGUCUUCUUUAAAGGUAACAAAUAUUGGGUGUUCAAGGACACGACUCUUCAGCCUGGUUACCCUCACGACUUGAUCACUCUUGGAAGUGGAAUUCCCCCUCACGGUAUUGAUUCUGCCAUCUGGUGGGAAGACGUUGGGAAAACCUAUUUCUUCAAGGGGGACAGGUAUUGGAGAUAUAGUGAAGAAAUGAAAACCAUGGAUCCUGGCUAUCCCAAACCCAUCACAGUCUGGAAAGGAAUCCCUGAAUCUCCUCAGGGAGCCUUUGUGCACAAAGAAAAUGGCUUUACGUAUUUCUACAAAGGAAAGGAGUAUUGGAAAUUUAACAACCAGAUACUCAAGGUAGAACCUGGAUAUCCUCGAUCCAUCCUCAAGGAUUUUAUGGGCUGUGACGGACCCACAGACAGAGAUAAAGAAGGACACAGCCCGCCAGACGAUGUAGACAUUGUCAUCAAACUGGACAACACAGCCAGCACUGUGAAAGCCAUAGCUAUUGUCAUUCCCUGCAUCUUGGCCUUAUGCCUCCUGGUACUGGUUUACACUGUGUUCCAGUUCAAGAGGAAAGGAACACCCCGCCACAUACUGUACUGUAAGCGCUCUAUGCAAGAGUGGGUGUGAUGUAGGGUCUUUUUCUUUCUUUCUUUUCCAGGAGUUUGUGGUAACUUGAGAUUCAAGACAAGAGCUGUUAUGCUGUUUCCUAGCUAGGAGCAGGCUGUGGCAGCCUGACCCAGGGCUGACCUUCCAAACCCAGAGGGCUGCUGGUCCUGCACAUGAGUGGAAACACACUCGUGGGGGAGCUUCCAUGAUGCACAGUAUCUGCCGUUCUCCAGUCCUUUGUCUUUGUCAUUCCGUUCUAGGCCUUUCCUCUGCACGCUCAAUGCCCAGUCAAGUUUCAGGAUUGAACUAAAGAGGAGGAAAAAAAAGAAGAAAAGAGUCUUCUUGAAGGUUUCUAAUGUUAUUUUCCCUCUGAAGUCUGAGCCCAUUUCGGGGGGGAAAAAAAGCAAAACGGAAAACCCAUGUAUUUUUGCUUUAAAGCAAACAGGAAAAAAAAUGGUUAGACAAAAAACCCACAAUUGAACUUUCAGGAAAGUGUGAAGACCCAAAACAGCUUUGUCUCCAAAGAAGAUAGCUCUCUGACUGCUACGGAGAGUCUCCUACGCUUCGUUUUUGUCAGGUGGGAGAUCUGGAAUACACAGGCAGGACUGUAGACUGUUGGGACAGACAUUUUCCAACAAACAAGGGGCCAAAAUAUCUGCAAUAUAGUAACAGCCUUAAAAAUACAUCCAUUUUUCAUUUUAUACAGCUGUUCUCAGCUAUAUCCUCAACGUCUCAUCACAUUUCUAUUCAUAGCUAUAGUCAAACAGGACCUUUAAUUGUUUUGAAGUGUUUCUAAACCCCUUCUGCCACCUUACCCCUACAUCAUUGUGAUAAUGUCCCCAAGUUGUAUAAGGCCAUUGCCCCAGGCCUUCCAGGGGUCUGUCAGGAAUAUUCAUUGUAAAAAGAGUAAGAAGCAGUGUGUCUCUAAAGUGGUUUACAGUGACAGUUAUUUUAUAAGGGUGUGUGUCACUAGUAAUACAUCGGUGUAACCCUUUGAGAACUAUCAGAUCAGCUUUCAGAGUCUUAGGAUUGUCAGUCUUGCUAUCUGGUCAGUUACAGAACUGGGCAAUGGUAAAAACAGGCACAGGUUCAAGAAUUCAGGUUUUUAAAACAGAUAUCCUAUAACCCAACGUAAUUUUGAAGUAAUUCACAGUACUACGUAAACGCAUUGAUAACAAACAGAAAUGAUGUUACUUGCCAAAAAAUUUUCUGGCAAAUAAAAAGAUAUUUUAUUAAGUACGUUGUAAGAGUGAAAUUUUAUUUGAACAACUGAUUACAGUAGCCUAAGUCUUUUGGUCUUUUGUUGUUGUUGUUAGACAUAUUGAAUUUCUGUUUUAAAAUCCAUUGCAUGAAAAUUCAGUUUGCCUUGGUGCGUGCAGUUAGCAUUGCCGUUUAAAAAAUGAACGAAAACAAGGACUCUGAGAUUGCAUGACUGUCCUCCAGCUCAUCACCUAUUGCAUGUCAAUCAUAGUUCUCAAAGGGUUCCAGUGGCUUCUGGCAUUUAGCCGUCCAUUUGAUCACUGACAGAGCCAAGAGACCACCAAAGCAUUUCAUUGUUGAGUGUAAUUUGUCCUAAAGCAGUAUUGUCAUUUUCAUGUGACCUGCAGAGCAGGUUUGUAUCAAUAUUUUUUUCCUAGAGAAAAGUCAGCAACUGACAGACCUCUUUAUUGAUUUUUAGGAGCUGCUUCUUGCAGUGAAAGGCUUUACAGCCACUGGGCUGUGAACUUAUUAGAGACGGUCAGAACGAAUGCACCCCAUGAGUCAGACAUUGGCUUUGUGUGAAAGCCAGCUUUUGAGGGGAUGAGCUUUUGAAACAAUGAACAGCUUGCCUUGAACUUGAUUAUUGAUCUGUUGACUGUCAUUAACAACAACUUAAACAUUGUCUUCUGUGAAAAAUUUCCUUGAACAGUCCUUUCUGUGUCUUUGCCCUUUGACCUUUAACUUGCAAACUGGCACAAACUGAAGGAAAUCUGGUGUUGCUUUGCCAUUGGAGUGUUAAUUGUUCUCUAAAAACCCAGUAAGCAUGAGCUGUUUCCUUAGAGUGAAGAGGGAAAUAGUGUUGGUGGUAGAUCUGCAGAUGGACACUUUGCUCUUUACAUGCACACUCUAAAAACGCCCUAUACGUAGAAGUGACUUUUAAUUUUCCUUUAAUAUAAUUUCAAGUCUAAAUUCAUCAUUUUAGUACAAAUAUAAAACUAUAUGGGAAAAAAAAAAACCUCAAAAUACUUGAAUGGCCAGUGUGGCUUUUAUAUAAAGCAGGAAUUUUAUACUAGUGAAAAUUUCUUACUCAUUUGCUAAUAAUACACAUUUCCAGAUGAUUUUUAAUGAGUGUAGGUAUACAUUCUUAUUUGGAAAUGGAUAGUUUGGCUGCCUUGAAUUUAUAUUUAUACUCAACAUAGCAUGAAAAUUAGAAUGCCUUUUGGUUAAACUACAUGUUUAUGACUUGGUUGGGGAAAAUAUUUUGUAAUCAUUGGUGGCAUGCUGCAAAGCCUUGCAGAUUGUUAUUUCUUACAACCUGAACAUGUAUAAUGUAAGGCUAAGAAAAAAGAACAGUUAGAAAAGAGGAAUGGCUUUACAGCAAAACAUUAUGCAAUGCAGACGGUCUUUUGACAAGAUGUCGGAGGUGAUGUAUGUGAGGGCCGUGAAAGCGAGGGGAGGGGAGCAGAGUCAGCCCUGUAGCUUUUCUUCAGUGCUUCCAUUCUAGGUGAUGCUGAUAUUAUAGAGUUAGUCACUUCUCCUGAGCAUGGAGGACUAUAUACAUAAGCUCAUUUAUACAGUGUUUGCUUGUGGGAGAGUUUGAUCCUUUUAGGACCUUGACAUCAAGAAAAAAAAAUGACUGGAAAUUAUAUUUUGCUAAAAAUAGAAAUGAGGAACUAUGUCAUUUUGGGACAUGUGUAAAUCAUUGAGGAAUUUCAUCAACCUGCAUUGAAAAUUGAUUUUUUUUUUCUCUAAAAUGAGAAAGAAACUGAAGAAGCAAUCUUUUGCCUCUUUACUCGUUUGUCACAAGAUCUGGAUUCGUCCUAAGAUGAUAAGUAUAUAAGGGCUAGAAAAUAAUCAUAGCAUUAAGAAGAGAAGGACGCUAUCAUUAUGCUUGGAUUCUGGAAAUGUCAUGGAUAACUGUUGGGUCAUAUUUACUUCAAUAUGAGAUGAGGUUUGUGUGAUAAGAAAACACGUGUAUGGCUUCUCUCUUUACUGGGACAUUUAAAUCUUCAGGCUGUGAGACUACAAGAGAUAAGAAAAUAUUAAGUACAACAUUAUCACAGACACCAGGACUCUAUUUGUUUAUUGUACACUGGGCACUUUGUGAGUACUGGUCCCCUUCCACUUGGGGUUUGGAAAGGAGAUCUCAAUCCUAACGGAAUAGUGAAAGGGACAGUGACUAAUUGGUCUAUACAUAAGAAUAGUGAUUCAAAAACAACGUGGAAUAAAUCUCCAUGGGUCAACAACAUGGUGUAGCAGUUCAGUAUCAGUAAAGACACACAACUUAUCAAAUAUCUUUCAUCAUCCCAUCACCAAUAGCAUGGAGUUCAGACCUAGGGUUUCCCAAACUGAAAUGAAAACACAUUUGCAAUCACACACAAAAAAAUUCUCCUUCUGUUUCAUUAUUUCUCAUUACUUUAAUCUAUCAUAUAAACCAGGUAAUGUUCCUUACAUAAAUUAACUAUAUCGUUUAUAAUUUUAGCCACAUAUUAUUGUUCUAUAUAUUAUUAACUGGACUGAAUGAAGUAUUAAAAUAGCCAAUCAGCUCUGUAUUCUCUAUAAAGCAGUAAAUCCACA